UUUUUAUUUGAGGCUCAGAUUUUUUGAUUAAUGUUUUCAUUGAUCAGAUAUUCGAAAACCCACAAAAGAGCAUGCAUAUCCGGUGUUAGAGGAGACGGAACAGUUUAAACUGUCGUCUUGCUCCCAGGUGACAGACAAGCGGACGAGGCCGGCGAGCCUGGCCGGCUCAGCUCGCAGUGGAAGCCAUGGUGCCUUCGAGGCUUCUCUCACUAGGACCGAGGACUGUGCCUGGGGGCGUGGGGCGCUGGACUCAGGUCCGGCGGUGGCCCCCUUCGCCCAGGCUGCUCUCAGACAGCUGUGGGGACCACGCCAAGCACCAGGAGCCCCCCAGGAAGAAACUGCUCUCCGAGAAAAAACUGAAGAGACACUUCGUGGACCACCGCCGAGUGCUCGUCUGCGGGGGCCGUGGCGGCGACGGGGUGAGCUGCUUCCACAGCGAGCCCCGGAAGGAGUUCGGAGGCCCGGAUGGCGGCGACGGAGGCAACGGCGGCCACGUCGUCCUGAGAGCUGACCGGCAAGUCAAGUCGCUGUCCCCAGUGCUGUCUCGGUACCAGGGUUUCCACGGAGAGUCCGGCGGCAGGAAGAACUGCUUCGGGCGCAGCGGCGCUCUCCUCUAUGUGCCGGUCCCAGUGGGCACGUUAGUGAAGGAGGGAAACGAAGUGGUGGCUGAGCUGUCGUGCCCCGGUGACGAGUACGUUGCUGCUCGGGGCGGGGCAGGAGGAAAAGGUAACCGCUUUUUCCUGGCCAAUGAGAACCGCGCACCUGUGACUUGCACCCCUGGACAGCCCGGUCAAGAACGCAUCCUCUUCCUGGAGCUCAAGACGAUGGCCCAUGCUGGAAUGGUUGGGUUCCCCAAUGCUGGGAAGUCCUCCCUUCUCCGGGCCAUUUCGAACGCGAGACCCGCUGUGGCUUCCUACCCGUUCACCACAUUAAAGCCCCACGUUGGGAUUGUUCACUGUGAGGACCACCAGCAGAUAGCAGUGGCCGACAUCCCAGGCCUCAUCCGGGGCGCGCACCAGAACCGGGGCCUGGGGAGCACCUUCCUCAGGCACAUCGAGCGCUGCCGAUUCCUCCUGUUCAUCGUGGAUCUGUCGGAGCCGGAGCCGUGGACGCAGGUGGAGGACCUGAAGUUCGAGCUGGAGAAGCAUGAAGUUGGCCUGUCCGAGCGACCGCAUGUGGUCGUGGCAAAUAAGAUCGACCUCCCGCAGGCCCGAGCAGCUCUGCCCCAGCUGCGCGCCCGCCUGGGCCCGAACGUCAUCGCCCUGUCGGCCGCAACUGGGGAGAACUUGGAGGUGCUGCUGCUGCGCCUGCAGGAGCUUCACAGCCGGCACGUGGGUGCCGAGCUCCGCUGGUAGCCACCGGGCCGCCGCCCAAAAGUGACCACCCUGAACGCGGCUCUGGGUGGACACGAGAAAGUUGCUACUUUGCCUUGCGCCGUCCCUGGCGCUCGCUCUCCGGCCAGCAGCGGGCCAGGACCUCAGACGUGUCGGACGUGUGCGCCUCCUGCUGAUCUGCUCCCCGGGGCCUUCUGCACCCGCCGGCGUGCUGACCAGCUGAGCUGGGCUCCUCACCCUUCCUCAGUACCUCUACGUGGUGAGGAGCCCACGGCCAUGCGGCUGAGCCGCCUGACUUGGUGGGGCCGAACCCCAACCUGCACACAGACCCCACGCGGGAGCCACAGACUCUGGAUCCCUGACACUUCUUGCCAGUGCUGGCUGCGGUCCCAGAGGCUGGCCCGCCCUACGGAGGGGACAUGAGGACGUGGGGACAGGGAGCCUUCACGGCCACAAGGCUCUUCUCAGAUGGCCCUGUCUGAGCAACGCAGUAGGGGCGACGCCUCCCGCGUUGUUCCCAGACUUGGCUGCUCUGUGCAGGAGCUGUUGGCUUCACGACUGAAUGCACCCAAUAUCCGACCCGGGGCCAUGCGAGUCAUUAGCUGAGGACACCGGCUCAUGUUCCCGAGUAAAGCCUGCGGCUUCAGGCAUGUCCCUGGGGGCCCUUAAGAGAUGAUGUGGUUGGGGACCAGGGGUAACCAGGGGAAGGGGCCUCGGGCCCCUUGGGGAUUUGCCCCAGGGUCCUUGCUGCCAGCUGCGAGCGUGCUGGGGGCUGGGCCUGCCUCAGACAAGAAGCUUGUGCCCGAGCUUUCAGGAGCAGUUCCGUUUUGAUCUACCGUCAAAUCUGCAAGUAGAACGAGAAUCCUUUGCCUGAAGCUUUAUUUUAAUGUCUUAUAAUUUCCGAGGUCCUUGUGUUCUGGAAACCAGAGAUGGGUUUUGCAAUCUCUUUGCUCUCUCUGGGGCCACCACAAAGGAUUUCGUAGAGCCGUGUUAAUUAUCGGGGCCUUUCAUCUCCAGCCGGCCCUGCGCCAGUGCUGCGCCCGGGGGCGACACUGGGGGCCUCCCUGCGUCUGUCCUGCACUUGCCUGUGCCCCCGGCAGCCUCAGGACCUGCCCCAGCUGAGGCACUGCUCAGUAUUUAUGGAGUGAAGAAAGGGGUGGUGUCUGAUGUUGUGUACAUGGUGAGUUUCUUUUAGUUAAAGGCACGUGGUUGGCGGGAAGAUUUGCUGAGCAGCGGGGCCGGGCGCCACCUCCCCUCCAGUGCCAGCCCCACCCGUGCCGCCGCUUCCAGCCGAGUCUGCGGGGCCGCUGAGGCCUGAACCGUUGCUCCGCGGAUCUGCCUGAGGCACCGCCUGUUGACCGCGCCCUCGGCUCAGGGACUCCAUUCUCCCAAGCCACCACUCUGGGCGGCGGCACAGGCGCUGUGGUGCGUGACACAUGAACCCCUGACCCGCCCCUCACUUUUCUUGGGGCUGACCUCCAGCCUGGGUCUACUUGCCCCGUUUUCUCUCCACCUGGAUAUUUGUUUCUGUCCCGACGUCUGUCCCUCCCUGUCCGUUCCGUCUUGCAGGUGCUCAGGCUCCAGUGGGUCUUUCCUCCCUUGUGCCCGUCCAGUCUGCUGUGCCACGCAGGCUGCCCCCCGUGUCUCCCCCCUUGCUGUACUCCCUCCUGUCGAGGUGGCUGUCACCUGGCUCUUCACAGCCUUUCUGGAAGCGGGUGUGAAGAUGGGGACCUGAGCCGCAGAAGCCAGCAUUUCCCGCAUUCCCCCGUUUUUAAGCCCUAAGGCGUGGCACCCCGAUUUCCCCGGCUCCUGCAUCCACUUGCUCCAGAGGACAAGCCUGGGGCUCCUGCACAGCUCCAGAGGACAUAUCACCAGCCCUGCCCUCAGCCCUGUCCCCGCCCCACCCGGAGAGGUAGGCCCUGCCCUGCUGGCCUCCUUUUGUCUUCAUGGAGGCUCAGCCUCUCCUUGUGCCUUCCCUCAACAUGGCAGUAGGGCUCUUGGUAGGAGCAGAUGGACACCCCUGUUUCCCGGUGUGGUCAAGGCCUGGAAAAUGGGCACAUUGCCCACCCUGAGCUGGAAACCCAACGUGGCAAGCACGUGUAAAUCCGGCAGCAAGCAGAAGGCCAGAUGACACCGUUGUGUGACCGUAGACGACCCCAGCUCUGCUGCCUGGCCCACCUUGUCCUGUGAGAGGUGGGGUCCGUCCCUGCCAUCAGCCUGGGCUGACCUGCAGAGUGGGGGGCACUGGGCCCACUCGACCCCGUCAGUGCCCUGCAUACGGCCAAGCUCCAGCUUGGCGACAGGCACCACCGAGGCAAGAACAAGCCACCCACAGCGCCCAUCCGCAGGUCUGAGCCACACACUGGUUGCUUGAUGCCAGGAACAUGGACUGGCUUGUGGGAGGGAGUGCGCACUGGUUUGUUGCAAAGGCGCGGAUUGAGCCCUCCUUGGCCCUUCUCCGUCCGGGUUCCUUGAGACGCUGAUUUCUUGGCAGUGGGGUUGGAGGGCCUGGAGCCCUCAGAGCACCCAGCUCGCCACUCGCCCAUCGUGGGACCAUGGCCUUGGGCUCAGUGGCAGGCAGCCAAGAUGCAGUGGGGCCUGGAGCAGGGCUGCUGCCUCCCCCGCCCCCAGACCCGAGCAUCCUCUUUGAGGCCCGGCUGUGUGUUGGGAAGGGCUGGCACUGUGGGCGGAGUCUGUGCUUUAAAGUGAAGUUUUAUCAAAUGUGUAUCUGUCUACUCAGAGUGCCAUGAUGGCCCCACACUGGGGGCUUGAAACAACAGAACCUCAUUCUGUCCCACCUCUGGAGGCCUAGGGUUGGAUCCUCCCGGCUCCCAGGGAUCCCAGGCCAGGAUCCCUCCAGUCUGCCUCCAUGGUCCCAGGACCGCCACUGUGGGUCUCUCUGUGCCCCCCCCCCCAUCUUAUAAGGACACGGGUCAUUAGACUUAAGGUACAUGCUAAGCCAGAAUGAUAUUAUUUUGAGAUCUUUAAUUGCAUCUGAAAAGACACUAUUUCCGAAUGCGGUCCUACUGUGGUCCGACCCUGAGAUUCCAGCGUGUGUGACUGGGGGAGCGGAGGGCUAGUGCCAGUUACACAGCACGGCGGAGAGCACCCCUUCUAAUUCUGAGGUUUUGUACAUCUCCCUGAUGUGCCUGGGUCCCUCCCUCUCCCCACGCAUCAGAAACCCUCCCUCAGAGCAAAGCCCCCACCCCACCCCACCCCGCUGCGCCCCACGACUGGCGCUCCCGAUGUCUGCCGUUGAGGAGCUGCUCCCUGAGAGCCCAGCGCCCCUCCCCAAACACCCCACAAACGUCCUCCACAACACCGGGGAGACCGUCCCAUCCUCCCGACCAAAACCAGCCUGCCUCCUGGGGCCCACUAUGGGCACGAGCAGCGUGUCUCCGCGAAUGUGGCUGCCUGACGUUGUGCGGCCACUCCUGCCCCCACGUAGCCUCCUUGACCGCAGAUGCCUCUUUGGCCCGGGCUGUGUCUCACGCCGGGCCAGUGCCCAGAGGCCUGAGGGCACAGAUGCUGGGCGAUGUUACUUCAGGUAAGUCAUGUCAGGGCCAGUGAUCAGAGGCUACCGAGAGGACAGCUUUGCUCAGCGACACACAGGCUCUGUGCCCUCCCCCCAAGGCUGCGUGUGGGGUUGCACCUUGGUGGCCCUCCAGAAGCCCCGUGGAGGUGGGGCCCGGCUGCUGGUGCUCGGGGCGCUGAGGCUGGCACGGGGCCCUGGUGACAGCCGUCCUGCCUCAACAUGGCCAUGUGAAUCUGCACAGGUGGUAAGAUCUUGAAGAAUUGAAUGUUUCAGGGUGACAGACUGUAGUUUGGGACAAUGAAGAUGGGGAGCCGGAGGGCGGCGCAGGAGCACGGCAGGGCGUGUUCGGUGUCAGCGAGCUGCGUGCUUAGAAAUGGGCUGAAGGGUCCAUUUUCUAUGUAUUUGACCACAACAGCAGAAUUAUCCCAGCCCCCCCCCAAUGUGCCGUUGCACACUCACACACAUGCGAGUGCAGGUGACAUGGGAGUCCGUGGGUCGUGGCGAUGCCCACGUCCUAGUGUGGUCCCACCCGGCCUCUCUGCGAGGCGCCGGUGGGGAAACCGGAUGGAGAACACGUGCAGUCUCUGUUGCUUCUACAGUUGCGUGCGAGUCCCCAACCUCAGAAGGGACAUCAAAACAGAAAAGACUGGAGAAGCAGCUGCUCUCAAGACAAGCUCUGUGGGGACCACGGGAUCGGGCCCGCGCCACCCCUGUGUGCCUGGACUGUCACCACGCUGUCACACCUGAUAAAUGCUUGUUGAAAGCAGACACGUAUAAGGUUAAAAGAACACAACGGAUCCGUCUGCAGCCCACACACCCCUGGGUGUCAGGCUUCUGCAGGGAAUGUGCUUCCCGAAUCCAGGACACCAUGCACGUGCACCGUGAGGGUAAAUGGGUCCAUGCAGGGGGUCCUUGGGGCGGGCGGACGCUGCCGACGGCAUUCAUAUUCUCAUCACUGCCACGUGGGCUCGGAAGGUCGGGGCCACCCAAGGCUGCUUCUGAAAGGGCUGUAUCGAGAAAGCCGGAUAGGACAGGGGCCCCCCAGGUCCCCUGGUCCAGUGUAUGCAGGGCCACACAGACUAUGGGGAGUCAUCGUGACCCUGCCCACACAUACUUCGUGAUCCCACAGUCCACAGGCCCCCAAACUCACAGGGCGCAGCCAGGGCUGCCUCGGGACCAUGGAGGCCAUAGAUGGGGUGCUUGGCUAGUCUCCGGUUUGCAAUCGUUUGAUUCCUGAGAAGGCCUCUGCAGAAAAUUGACGGGUACUGGUAUUUCCCCCAGGGCCAGGAAAUUACUGAUUUUUGCCUUGACGGUGAUCGGUCACUGUACCUGUGACACUCAGCCCUGGGGGUGUGUGCAGUAAGGCCCCUGCUGGGGGUGGAGGGGAUUGUGCCACCUGCCCCCAGCCUGGGGUCCCUCAUCUGUGCAGUGGGGACAGGAGGGCCCAGGGCAGCAGGGUCUCCACUGGCCUGGCCCGGGGGGCCUUAAGCUUGUUCACUUCAGCCCCACCCAGAGUACUCCAGGCAGCACAUCCAGGGGUCCAGGCCAAGGGCCCACACCCCUCCAGACCCCCCACCCAAGCACUUAGUCCUUUCCACGGAGUCAGGUGGCUCCUUAGAGCGGAGCCCUCCCCCGCAUCCCCUCCACCACAGUGUCCGUGAGAAGGACAGGGAGGGUUGCCAGAUGCGAUUUGAAUUUCAGAUCCACAACAAAGAACUCUGCGCCCUACCACGAAAGCACUGUUUGUUACGAAUCUGAAAUCCAGAUAACAGCUCCUGCCUUUUAUCUGCCGGCCCCAAGGGGAAGGGGGGGCCUGGAGGAAGGGCUGGAGGGCUGGGCUGGGCCUGGCCAGGGAGAGGAUGGCCCAGGGCUGCAGGGGAGCAGGGGCACCCCUGCAGUCUCCCCCACUCCCUGAGGGCACUGCCUUCUUCCAACCCGUAGAGGGGCUCCCCUGGCAGGCAGGAGGUUGGCUGUAGGCCUGUAGCUGGGGCCCGAGGCAGGUGCAGAGGCCCCACCUCAUGGCCCCCCACCCACUUCUGGCCCCCACACUGCCCACGGUGGCCAAGACCAGCGGAGCUCACACUUUACUGUCUCUGUGGGGUAUGGAAGUCUCCCUCUGCCUGACAGUUCCUUCAGGGUGUCCCCCUGCAGCCCCAGGGACAGGUGCUCAGAUGACCAAGGCCAGGGGAGGCCCCAGGUAGGGAGGGUGGCCAGAAAAUCCCCCCAGUAGGCCGUGCCCCUCCCCAGCAUCGCACGCUCCAAGUUACUUCCCAGCCCUCCCUAUGUCAGGACAGCCCCAACCGGCCACUCCCAGCCAGCUGCCCCCUGGUGUGUUUGAGGUGGCCUCAGCAGCAGCUACCCACAAAGACAGACCCCAGAGACAGUGGACACCUUCCCAAGUGCCUCUGAGGAGCCAUCCUGGGCCUGCCCCAGUGCCAGCUGACUGAAGGGGGCACCUCAAAGGGCCCAGUUCUGAUCCCAGGAAAUAUCCGUGUGACCCCAAUAGGUCCGUAUAGCCUGGUGGCCUUCACAGAACCACUGCCCUGCUGGGGGAGGGCUUCAUCCAAGGGCUCUGAGCUCCCAGCUGGAUAGAUCUGGAGUCCUUGGUGAAUUCAGUGUCUGGUUCAAGGCCCAGCAGGUAGCAGGAGCUUAGGAAAGUUCACUGACAAUAUUCCCUUCUGCCGGUCACUGUGUGCUCGUCUCUGAAAUACCUGCAUUGGGAUUGGACUCACUUGGACUUAAUUAAAGAUUGCCCUCUGUUAAAAUGUA